AUGGAUAAUGUUCAAACCUCCUUCAGCAUUUCUCUGCGACCAGCAAUGGCAACCCGCUGUAAAGAAAGCCAGGUUAUCCUGACAAUUGAAGCUAUUCGACGAGACCAGAAACUUAGUCGCCGGAAAGCUGCAGAAAUCUACAACGUGCCCGAAGCUACGCUCCGCCACAGAAUGAACGGACGAACGCCAAAGUCCGAGUCGGGACCUGCAGCUCAUCGAUUGACAGCCAUUGAAGAGGAGGCAGUUGUUCGAUAUAUAUUGGACCUAGAUGCGCGAGGACUUCCGCCCCAUUACGCUGGUGUUGAGGAUAUGGCCAAUUUGCUACUCGCGCAACGCGACGGCGGACGUAUCGAGCUUAUUGGCGCGUGGUUCAAGCUUGUGCACAACAUGAGAGCGAAGUACGGCAUCCACGACUAUGACCUCUACAACUUCGACGAGACCGGCUUUAUGAUGGGUGUUAUCUGCGCGUCUAUGGUAGUGACACGCGCUGAUCGACGUGGAAGGGGCAAGGCAGUUCAGCCUGGCCAUAGGGAAUGGACAACGGCGAUUGAGUGCAUCAAUGGCGAAGGGUGGUGGCUCCCGCCGUUUCUGAUCGUGCAAGGCAUGUACAGUGGGGACGAAAUCGGGGCCAAAUUGACGGCCAUGCGCCAACCUGGCCAGGAACUGUCGCCUUUUGCACGUGCAGCUAUUAUAGAACUGGUCGGCCAGAGGUUCUUACACGUCGGGAGAAACGACAUCAUUCAGUUGGCAAUCCAGGCUGUCAAGGAUGGACAAUCUAUCCGUAAGGCUAGCGAGGCCUGGGGGGUCCCCUUUUCUACCCUUCAAGGCCGAGUCGUUGCCCACGCCCAACCAAAGGGUCAAUACCAAGCCCAGGUGAUGCAGAAGCUCAGCCCCGAUCCAGAAAAACACUUGGCCGAUUGGGUCCUUGCCCAAGAGGCUCUUGGGCUUCCUGUCAAGCAUAGGCAGAUCCAGACCUUCGCCAACCGCAUCCUCCAUGCCUCUGGAUCUGACCAGACUGUUGGCAAGCAUUGGCUCCAGAAGUUCAUCAACAGAUAUCCGGUUCUGAAGACGAAGAGGAACAAAAGUAUGGACAUCAAGCGGCUGAGUGGAGCUAGUAUUGAUGUGAUCAAGGCUUGGUUCCGUCUACUCGCGAUUCCGAUCAUCAAGUCGGUUGACCCGCGAAACCGUUGGAAUAUGGACGAAACGGGGAUUAUGGAGGGUAUGGGGAUCAAUGGCUUAUGUGUUGGUUCAUCGGAGACGAAGGAGGCACUUGCCCCUAUUGGCAAAAGACUCUUUCUCUGUUGUUAUUCAAAGGCUAGGAGCGAUGCCAUUACGGAAAGAAAUAUCCGUAGUGGUUGGAAAGCGUCAGGGUUAUGGCCAGUCAACGUCGACAAGCCUCUCAUGAGCCGUUUACUCUUGCCGACCCAGCCGACCCAGCCGACCCAGCCGACCCAGCCGGCUCAGCCAACUCAGCCAACUCAGCCAACUCAGCCAAGCAGUCAGGGCGUCAACAAGCCGAGCAGCCAGGAGGUUAAGACUCCAAGUCGCAGUCAAGAGGUCCACAAAUUAGUCGCUACCAACUACCGUCUAAAGCGACUCAAAACAAUAGACCCAGUAGCUCGGACUCUCUUUGCAAAGGUUGGCAAAAGUCUUGACUACACAGCUAUCCAGCUAGCUAGUCAACAACAGAGGAUUCGGGCAUUGGAAGCUGAGGUAGACAGGCUGAAGCCUAGGAAAAGGAAGAAGGUUAGGUUGGACCCUAACACCCGGUUUGCUCAAAUUGAGCAAAUAAUGCAGGCCAAAAAGGCACUUGCAGAGGAGUUGAAACCCUCGGAAGUAUCUAUCUUCACCGACGAAUCGUCAUGCCAAAACAAUUCGAGUAGCCCACUCUUCAAAAGCCGACUAGACUUCAAGGAGUUCGCCGACCGCUUGGUGUUUGUUUACGGCGAUCAGAAAACGACGUCGUUCAUCCGGCGCAUCAAGAACUCACAGCUUGAGUCUGUCGAUAUAUGGGAGCAAAAGAAAUGGAUGCUUCCUAUCCCCGCCUUCUUCCAUAUCAAGCUCAACUAUAUUGAGAUGCUGUUCCGGAUGUUCUGGGAUACCGGUACCAAGACGACCUCCUCCGCUACGAUCUCGGCCGAUGUUCAUUUCUUCCAUCGCGGCAAGAAUAUUACCAAGAAGGACAUCAAGUAUCACCAGGCGCUACCUCUUCUUAUACACGGGUAUACGGCUCGAAUCUUGGCGUUCAUCAUUGCCCAUCUGAUUGAAGAAGGCACACUGCAGGGGCCACUGUCAGUCGACGGCAUCUUGAAUGCGGUGGAGGCUAUGGACGAGGAUGACUUUGGGGGUGUAUUUGACCACAUCCUGCUGAUGAUGUACGAGGCAGUCCGUGUUGGUGAGUACGGUCUUCUUCGGGAGAUCAUUCCAAUGCUACCUGUCCUCUUCUGGGGAGGAAAAGGAUCAAACUAUGGCCCAGAGAUGCUGUAUUUCGCAUGGAUUCUACAUCCCAGCGUCGCGAAACAGACUGGUCUCGCCGAGGCCAUCCUCAAAGGCGGGUUGAUUCGCUGUACGACCGCCGGCAGUGGCUACAAAGCCAUCGACUUGUUGUUGGAGCACGUCAACGCAUCGUAUGCGCUCGACGUCAAGUUCAACAAGAACUCCACGCACGAUAUCCAGGCGACGUUCUCCCGGCUCGCGCUCAAUGGCAACUAUCUCGCAACUAUUCGCAAGUCGGUUGAAGGCGUAUUCAGAGCCAAGCAGAAGGGUACUCACACUGCGGGGGACGCGACGGCAGACAUCAUCUCAUACGCCUGCAAGCUCUACAAGGAUGGAAUUACGCGGCGCCGGACGGCCGACAUCCCACCUGCUGGCUUCGAUGCCCCGGAUAUAUACGAAUAG